CCCUUCCGCCUCGUCUUUGUCUACGCCGCCAUUGCCGCUGGGCUCAGGGGCGGAGCCUCAUCGAGGCAAAACUGGGCUCCACCGGCGCCGAGGUCACGCUCGCGGCGCAGAGCUCCUCCGCCUGCCGAUGAGGACAGCGGCCAACACUGCCCAUUUUUCCUCCUCUCCAUGAGAUGUAGUGCCCCUCCUCGAUGGCGCAGGGCCCGUCCCCUUGCCUCCUUCUCCUCCUCUCCUACUCCCCCGGCCCGUCAACCUCCAUUUCCCCUACCCUUGCCCCUCUGGUUGAUCCCUCCCCGGCCAGCGCGGCCGCCUCUGCAUGUGAGCUCCGUGAGAAGCCCUCAGCUGGAGACCAACAGCCCAACGACCGACGCCUAGACGCGGCUGGGCGGUCGGCCUUAUCGCGUUCGAUAUCCCCGUCGCCAUGUAGCUUGCCAUGGCACGGCUCGAGUAGGACCUCCAUCACCUCAUCAGUCAUGUGGUCAUUGCCAAGGAUCGCAACUGGCUCCAUGUUUAUUUGUAGUAAGGAGUGUCCCUUUUUUAUGCAUAGCAUUGGACUCCAAUUUAUAAAAUUUGGUCCCACGUGGUGUUUAGGCAGAUUAACUUUCUCAGCAGAAGAUCUAAUAGGCCUGAUGGCAUUGUUAUUUUUCCAAAGCAUUGACCACCUAUUGGCUUUGAUUUGCAGGUUCACGACUGGCUCCAUGUUUAUUUGUAGUAAGGAGUGUCCCUUUUUUAUGCAUAGCAUUGGACUCCAAUUUAUAAAAUUUGGUCCCACGUGGUGUUUAGGCAGAUUAACUUUCUCAGCAGAAGAUCUAAUAGGCCUGAUGGCAUUGUUAUUUUUCCAAAGCAUUGACCACCUAUUGGCUUUGAUUUGCAGGUUCGCGACUGGCUCCAUGUUUAUUUGUAGUAAGGAGUGUCCCUUUUUUAUGCAUAGCAUUGGACUCCAAUUUAUAAAAUUUGGUCCCACGUGGUGUUUAGGCAGAUUAACUUUCUCAGCAGAAGAUCUAAUAGGCCUGAUGGCAUUGUUAUUUUUCCAAUGCAUUGACCACCUAUUGGCUAGGAAAGAAAGGGAAUUGGCAAAAAAACAUGGAACUGCUUCCAAGUGGAAAUUGACUUGGUAGAAGUGCUACUAUAAUUAGAAACCAUCCAUAUGCUGAGGUAUCCAAGGUCCAACCUUUAAUACACUUGACUCGAGUACGAUCACGGCAAAUGCAUUCAUAGAUUACUGCAAGGAAGUGACCUUGUUCUUUCCCUGAUAGAUAAUUUGGUUCAAGAUGUGCUACUGAUGGCACAUAAAUAAGUAAAUUAUUUUCCUGGAAUACAUGUAAGGAUCUGGUAAUUCAAAGCUACUACCCCUUAUUCAGAGUCUCAAUUAAAGUCUGGGGUUUAACAUUUGUAAAUAUUUAUGCCAGGGUUCAACAUGCUUAAUAUUUAUAAAUAUUGCAUUGGCAUAAUUCAGAAUUCAAGAGUUCAUAUGUAAAUUAGCGAUGAGUUGUAAACUUUAUGUAUGAUUUAAUCAAGCUGUUAUGAAUUUGAUUCCAUCUCUUUUGUCAGCUUUGAAUUAGCCCUGGAAGUCGAGCAGCUGAUGAGAAAAAAUAUUUUGACAGCCAUGUCGUACCAUUUUAUAGGAUUGAUCAGGUAUUUUCAACUCUUGUAACCUCAUUUGUGUCCAAUAAAGUGAGUGCCUAUUAUAAAUUGUAUUUGCUGAUUUCCUGCCAUAUAGAACGGCUCUUUUUCUACGAUUGUCUUAACUCUGGCUUAUUUGUCCAAUUGCCCUAUUUCCCAUCAAAGAUGAAUAUUCUGAAAAGGCAAUUAUGUCGUCAAUUGAUGUUCUUAAUACAGCUUAUGCUAGCCACUUCUGCAUCUGGUGGGUUUGCAGCUUCUUCGAUAGUAAAUGAUAGCAAUAUGAAUUACUAUUCCAGAUUCAGAAAAGCUAGGAAUUUUGCAUGAUAACGUGAAUUUUGGGACUGCAUGCCAUAUGGUUCUCAUGUUUAUUGUAAUUGUAAAGAUUGACGAUCUACGUGCAAAUUAUUUUGCGUCAACAUGGCCCUUGCUGAUAUUUGCUUAAUCACUCAGUACAGACUGCCACUCAAAAUGUUUUGCAGGUGAUUGUCUACAAUACCUACAGUAUAUUUUCUGCACUAAAAUUAGCUUGGUUUCUCAAGAAUAUAUUAAUGUGUUGUGUCUAAUAUGGUUUAUACAAACCACUCUACAAGUGCUUGUUUCAAUGCUUAACGCUCCAGUAUUUCCAGCUGGAUCCUAAAAAAAUAUGAUGGUUCAGGGGUGGACCAUGCUAAAUUUUGUUUUCAGGUAAAUCUCUAAUGCUUUCAGAUAGUUUUUAAACAGCUUCACCAAAAUUGGAAAUUGAGUUGAAUUUGAUUAUUCUACUUAUCGGAGCAUGGAUUCUAUAAUGCAUGACAAUAUUUAACUUGGUACUUAAGUUGUACUAUUCACAAAGGCACAUGCUGUAUAUCACACUGAAUACUGACUAUCAUGAUACUUAUUGGGUUUUCGAGUUGGUUGCCACGAUUGUGUCUAAAUACUUACCUUCUAUAUUUCACCAUUACACUUCUGAAGAGACAUGAUUGAGCACUUUUCAGUCACCUAUUAAUCCUAGUACAAUAUUAGGUGGUUUUCAAGGAAACAAUUUUACCGAGGUAAUGUUUUACUACACCUUGCGAUGAGAACCUAGAUAGUGAAAAGUCAUAAUGAGCUAAUCAUAAGAAAUGGGCAAACCAUCCUCAAGCUGAGUGAUUCUUUAUUCAUACUAUUGUCGGAGUAGACACCAUGCCUGCAUUCCUCAGGCCUGCUUCUCUCCAAAGUGCUGUCUCUUAUGCAUAUUGCUGUGACUCAUAAACAACAUUUUUCUCUCUUAAAUCUAAGGCAUUCGAGCCCCUGUAGUUCUCUGGUGCCACAAAUAUUUCAACUUGAUGCCCAAGUAUGCUUCUUGGUUGAUGAAAGGCUUAUCUGGUUAGAGUUGAAGUCCAUAGUAUCAAUUUUCUUAUUGACAUUUGGUGUUUCUGCAUAUUGUGCAUAGUGUAAAUUCUCAACAAUCAUCAUUUAAUUUUAAUUGUCUACCUUAUGGGAUGAACAGGUGUGCUGUGAAACAGUCGUGCCCACAAUUCCAAUUAUAUUUCAUAGAACGAAAGCAAUAUGUUCUGCUUAUGGUCAAACAGGCUAUUUCUUACAGGCUUAAAUCAAGCUUAUCUUAUACAUUAUAUUUUUACGCAUAAAUGAAUUGUGGUUUCCGAUAGUUUCUGCUUAUCUUAUACAUUAUAUUUUUACGCAUAAAUGAAUUGUGGUUUCCGAUAGUUUCUGCGGAUCAUGGCAAUAUCAUAUUGCAACCUUUUUUCCUGUCAUUAGUUUACUGCAAUUUAUCAACUCCUUCCUAAAAGGUUGGAUAAUCAUAUGUGCAUUAAAAAUGCUACCAGUAUUAUUGUUACAUUUGCUGAAUAUAAUCAACCUUUUCUACGUGCCAAUUACAGAGGUUAUCAAAUAUUAACUGACUUAUGAUCAUAGUUUUUAAAGACCAUUUAUGAUCACAGUUCGAGUCAUUCGCUUCUUAUCUUCCCAUUUGCAAAAUAUUCAAACUGUAAUUGUGAGGAUAAUAUAUCGCCAUAGGUGCAGUUUGUGAAGCAUGUUUCAACAAUGCUCUUCCAAUGACACUAUACUACAAGAUGAGUGGAUCUUCACCAAAUAAACAAGAAGGCAAAUUCUCUGUCCGAUUGUUGUCUAUAGCAGCUCAUCCUCUAGCUGCGCUCCAACAAAGCUCUAUAGUAAUAGUGUAGAACAAGAAUGAACUUAAUAUAUACCACUUACAAAACAUGUCAAUGUCGGUUGAGAUUAUGAAUCUUAAUAAACAUUGCCUCUUCACUGAUAAUAGUCUCCUAUAACAUCAUAGUGCCAUGUGAAUUUGCAAGAUUUAGUUGUUUUAAUAGAUUAAUUAAUAUGAUAUGCUAAACCUCAAUUUAAGGUGGCAGAUAUUGUGCUAAUAAACAUCUACAAUCUCUAACUGAAACUUCUUUAGUGGAUACAACUUGGUCCCUUUUCUUUGUAAUACCUGAAGGGUCAUCGAAUGAUCAUGGCAAUGAAAAUGGAAUGACAAGGGACUCAUGCGCGCAAAUACAUGGCUCGAUUUGAGGUAAGUAAAAGCAUUUGUUUCAUAUAUACUUUGUUGCUAAGGAUACAUAGUUGCACAUUGAAAAUAAUCAACACAGGUCGAUUAGGUAAUGUCCUUGUAUGCUUUAGUGGUGUUUGCAUCUGUUGGCAUUGAAGAGAAGGCUUGAUAAUGACUUCCGCUUGAAUUAUAGUUUGGUCUUAACAAGCUUUCCCGUUUGUCAUUGUAAUAUAGUAGUCAGGUAAGAGCCGAACCAAUUCAAAUUCCUUUUCAUUAGCAUCAGCUGAAUUGAUAACUCAUAUCUACAAAACUAAAUGAUGUGCAGGAUAACACAUCCAGUGCAUCCUUCGCGGCGAUUGAAGAUUGCAUCCCCUUUGUAGCAUAGUUAGGCCAGAAGCAAGACAAUGUUUAGGACCAAUUAUUAUGUAACUAUAUAUUGAUCAGCAAUAAAAUCUUCUGCUGGAAUUUAGAUUUGCAGCGGAAUGGAGUGAAUGCUACCGGUUACAACAUUGUGUAUAUAUAGACCUCCAAAAAAGUCCAUACUACUGCAGAUUAAGAUAUUUAUUACA